AUGCGUAUCAUCAAUCAGACACAACUUGAUCAAACUACUUCUCAAAGCUCCAUAAUCGAACCCCUAAAACUUGAGCUAUUGAAAUGUCAAAAAGAAAAUGAUGAGUUAAUUAGCCGAAAUCAGAUUCUACAAAAUGAUAACUCAAGAUUAAUUUAUAUAAAUAGUGUUUUACAAGAUGAAGUCACGAAAUUAAGAAAGGAAUGUGGGAGUACACAUCAAAAAAGUGAAAUGCAUAAUGUAUGGUGUAAUUCAUGUGCAUUUCCAAUCAAAGGUGUUAGGUAUAAGUGCGGAAAUUGCCAGAAGUAUGACCUAUGCGAUGCAUGUAUCGAUUCGAAUCAUGAUGCUACCCAUGUAUUCAUCAAGAUUAAGCAGCCAUUGGACCUUUCUUCUUAUGACGCCCCUUUAUUACCACAAUUUAAGAUAAGUGAUUCUCAUACUUUAA